UGUAGUAUUUAUUUUAAAUUUAAACUGCUUUUACAAAAAUUUCAUGAAAUAUAUUAUAUUUUGUAUGCAUUAAACUCAACUUGCAAAAUAAAUUGAAUUAGGGAAUUUUUAAAUUUCCGCGGCUGCCAUGACAGUAUUUAAGACAGCCGUUCCCGGCAAAACGGAAAGUUUACAAACGAAUUCCAUCCUACUUCUCAGUUAUUACAUGAUAAUACUUCAUGAUUAGGAUACCAAUUUGUUUCUAAUUUAUUGGAUAAAAAUUUGUUAUUACAAUAAAAACAUGAUAUCGUUUAGUUUACUCAGAAUUUAAGGUUAAAUUAAAUGUCAAGCGCCAUUGCCAUGUGCGAGUAGCUCGAUGUAGUUGAUGGCAGUUUCGGUUUUUUCGCCCCGACCAAUCAGAUUCGCGCGGGAAACACUCGUGACUUGCGUAGACCAAUAGAGAGCGGGCGAUUUGAAUUCCCUCUUCGUCUUUGUAGGCUCCCAAGAAGUUUUGUUGUUACAUUCGCUGGGUGUACAGUGCUGUCAGUGAAAAUACUAUUUUUGCCCGAUUUUGAUGAAAAUACAAAUAGACACAACGAAAAUAGUAAACAAACAUAAUCGAGCAUCAUGUCAACAGCAAUGGACAUGUUCCUAAGCGCAACAGACUCGUUGUCGUUCACAGAUAUCUUAGAUAUAGAUAUAAAAUCUGAAAUAGAUACACUAGUUGGGGGACACAACGACUUCUCAGGAUUUAACUUUAACGACAUGCCUCCUUUAGAAAUCGAAGAUGUGCAUGAUAUAAAAUGGUUCAAUUCCAACUCGAAUCAUUCUAAUUUAGAUUUCAGUGGAGAAGACGGUCCCACUAUGGUCAACCCUAACGCUGUAAUGCCCGUUAUGUCCUUAGCACAAAGUAUCAGGUCACCAUCUCCUACACUAAAAGAAAGCCACUUAACUUUCUCGCCUGCUACUAUUAAAAUAGCAGCUAUAAAACCAGAUAAUCCAACAGUUAAGAAAGACUUAACCUGUAAAUUAGAAGAAGUAGUCGAGAAGAAGCCUGUGAUUAAGACAAUUACGAAAGUGACACCAAUCUUAGCCAAACCUGCUGUAAAAACUAUCACCAAGGCACCAACUUUACUUACUUUUAGAAAUACUGUAAAUCGAACCAUAGGGACACCUAUAAACAUUACACAGGUUAACAACAUUGCAACCAUACGAACUGUGGCUCCAUCUACGAUUAACCGCAAAAUUCUCAAUGGUAGGCCAUUAUAUGAUGAUGAAGAACGAGCAUUUCCAAAACCAGCUUACAGUUACAGUUGUUUAAUAGCUAUGGCCUUGAAAAACAGUAGAUCUGGUAGCUUACCCGUUUCUGAAAUCUACAACUUCAUGUGCAGACAUUUUCCUUAUUUCAAAACUGCUCCCAAUGGUUGGAAGAAUUCGGUGAGGCACAAUUUGUCUUUAAAUAAAUGUUUUGAGAAAAUAGAGAAACCUGCAUUGAAUGGUGCUCAACGAAAGGGAUGUUUAUGGGCAAUGAAUCCUGCUAAAAUAAGUAAGAUGGAUGAAGAGGUGCAAAAAUGGUCAAGGAAAGAUCCACAUGCUAUCAAACGGGCAAUGGUAAAUCCUGAGCAUCUAGAAGCGCUGGAACGAGGAGAGAUGAAAUUUUCAUGUUCCUAUGAUGAGGGAGAUAAUUUCGGUGAUUCUUGCGGCAGUGCUGAAGAACAAAGUGAAGGCUCAGACUCUGAACAGGAACAAGAAGUUGAUGUUGCGAAUGUUGCCAACACCCAAUACGAAUAUAUACAAGUUAAGGAAGAGGAUAUAUCUGAUCUAGACAUCGAAGUUUCGGAUGCUUAUGAAGAAAUAGAAGAUGACCAGGAGAUGUUAAGAGUAGAAGUGGCGCUAGCUCAAAAAGAAUUAUUAGAAUAUGAACGUACCUUAAAUAACAAGAGGCGGAGGACGUACAUAUUACAGCGCUAGGUAAACCACUAUUAAGUACAUCAUUGGGUAUUUAGAAAAACAUAACCUAAAUUCUCAGUGUAUCUUUUUUGUAAGGGAAAAAUGCGAAGCUGUGUCUGAUGGUGAUAUAUAUAAAAAAAACUUUGUAAAUAAUUGUAAUAACCUUUCUCCUGCCUAUAUAACUGUUUAGGAAUUAGUAAGUUAAGUGUUGGUUUUAAAAAUACAACAAGACUGCCAAUUCUGACAAUGAUGUUUUAAGUAACUUUUGGUGUCGUGUAUGUCUAUCAACUAGUCCUGUCGCCAGGGGGGGUACAACGGCCUCCUUAAUUCAGAUGGACUUACCCAAGUUUUUUUUAUGUAUUUUGACCCGUAGAACAAGAAUUUUUUGGGUAACAGUUGAUCCGGAUGUCGAUAAGAUUGUUAUAAACAAAGAACUUGAGGAAUUACAUAGCAGCGAUUUUUCGCAAAACAAUACAUUUUUUUGUAUUUUUUGGGUGAUUCUCAGCAAAAAAUGGUCUUGCAAGUUUUUUCGUAGGAUGCAUAGUUUUCGAGAUAAACGCGGUUGAACUUUCAAAAAAUCGAAAAAGUGCAAUUUUUGAACCGGAAUAACUUUUGAUUAAACAAUAAAAUAGCAAUUCUGCUUACUGCAUUUGAAAGUUCAAGUCAAAUUACAUCGGUUUUGAUUAUUUUCAUUGCUAAAAGUUAAGUUUUUAUUUGUCAAACAAAGCUAUAAACACAUACACUGUUACUAAUAAACGAAGUAUAAAAGUUAUACUGAGAAUAAAUCAGGUAUAGGCAAAAUCACUACCAAUAAACAUGGAAUAACUUAGGUAUAGGUUAUACUUGGUAUAAGAAUUUAGUCGCAAGUUUAUUCGCGGUGUGCAAGUACUUGGAAAGGGAAACGAGAAACGACCGUGCGCGAGUCGCGGAGAAAUAUUGCAUCUAUCUUAAAUAAUUCAUAUUGUCAAUUGAAAUUGUCAAAUUGACGUAUAUUUCAUACCUUCUGUCAGUGACGCAGAAAAAUUAUAUAUUGCUCCACAAUAUUGAUAUGUUAUGCAAUUAUUAUAUAAAGGUAAAUUUAAUUAAUUGUAUUUUGCUUGCAGUACUACAUUUUAAUAACUGAUUUUAUUUACUACAUACAAUUGUUUACGUUUGCUAAACAUAACCUGCAUCUUAUUUUUUCUUCUUAUUAUUUUUUUGGACUAUGGUCUUGACAAUUAUCCAGCGGACUAAUAUAAUUGGCCAAUAUAAUUAAAAGUGCGAAUAAAAGUACAGAGCGUAGAAAUAGAGGUCGCUUUGCCGAACUUGCACGGUCCCAAUACCGACCCACACCCUUGUUUAAGUCUGGUAUAACCUAUUUUAUGACUGUCAAAGUCAUCAGAGACAAAAAUAUAUUAUUUUUUGAUUUGUUUUGUGAGUAGAUAUAUAAUAAAAAAAUGUGUUUAAGAGGUAUUGCGGCUAACGAGGAAGUUGAUAAUUUAAUUAACAUGAUGGAAAAUACACGAAAAAGGAAAACUUUCAAAGAAAGCAUAAAUUCUUUUUCAAACAAAACAGAAUAAAAAUCCGGUUUCCUAAAGAUGAUGUAAGAUUUUUAGAAAAAUUAGUAGGUGAUUCACUUAUUGUGAACAAGCGAGAAGGAGGCUUAUCCUCCACUCUACAAGAAAAAUAAGGUCUUUAUUUUCUAUAAUAUGUAGAAAAUCUCUCAGAAUAUUCUUCAAAAUAUGCUGAAAUUAACAUAUUUACAUUGCAUUUAUAAGUCAAAUAAAUAAAGUUUACUUUUUCUUCACUUUCCCAUUUAAUGUAACGUUCUGUUUUAUUUGAAGCCAUUUUAUGAAAUGCUCAAACUUAACAUACAACAUACGAAAUAACGAUUUAUUACAAUACAGCAGAAAAUACAAAGUUCCUUUUAUUCGAAGUCAUUUUAUGAAAUGCUCAAACUCAACAUACAAUAUAAGAAAUAACGAUUUAUUAAAAUAUAGCAGAGAAUACAACGGCCAUAGUCCAUCAAAAAAUAUGUAAUCUACAUAUUUUUUGAGUUUAUACGACUCAUAAAGGGAAAAGCAACUGCGGGUAGUUCAUCAAAAAAUGACGGAAUUUGGUAUAUUAUUUGUAGAGAAAAGUCAAAAUUGACAUAUUUUACCCAAUAUAUCGUUGUUUUAUGCAUUUGUGUAGAAGAUUGCGAAGUUGCCAAACUAAUAUUUCGGAAUAAAGUGGGAAUACUUAUAACUAACUUAUACGGAGUUUAUUGGUAACAAAUUAUUUUUGUAUUAUAUCUACCUUAUACUUAGAAUAACUAUUCUAGAUAUAAAUACGGAAUAACCUUAGAAUACGAGUGUUUUAUUAGUAAGGCAGUUAGUGUUUCCCGUGCCAAAUGCAUGCGUUUUAAUGUACUUAAUAUACGUAGAAAUUCUGUAUUCGCGCCUACUCGUUCGAUUUCAAAUUAGAAAUGCAUUGAAAACACCAUUCAAUCACUAUGUGUUUAUAGCUUUAUUUAACAAUAAAAAAAUUAUUUUUUAGCAAUGAAAAUAAUCAAAGCCGAUAUAAUUUGACAUGAACUUUCAAAUGCAGUAAGCAGAAUUGCUAUUUUAUUUUUCAAUCAAAAGUUAUUCGGGUUCAAAAAUUUCAAUUUUUCGAUUUUUUAAAAGUUCAACCUCGUUUAUGUCGAAAACUAUGCAUCCUACGAAAAAACUUGUAAAAACAUUUUUUGCUUAGAAUGACUCAAAAUAUACAAAAAAAUGUUUUGUUUGGCGAAAAAUCGCUGUUACGUGAUUCCUCAAGUUCUUUGUUUAUAACAAUCUUAUCGACAUCCGGAUCGACUGUUACCCAAAAAAUUCGUGUUCUACGGGUCAAAAUACAUAAAGAAAACUUGGGUAAGUCCAUCUGAAUUAAGGAGGCCGUUGUACCCCUACUGACGACAGGACUAAACGGACAGAAAGAGUAAAUAUCCUAAUAUUGCUUUUUAAAAGUGGACAUUGGUACUAUUUCCCUUUUUACUUAGAGAUGUUACCAAAUUCUCACCAACUAAAAUGAAUUUGAUGAUUUAUUCUUUUUGUCCUCCCAUUUUAUUAUUUUUUUAAUCUACUCGAAUGUAUUUCACAGUUUCUGAACAUUUUCCUUUAUUUCUAGAUAUGGUUGCACACAUUUAAAUUUCAAAUUCUAAUUUUCACUCAAUCGCCCGGCUCACUCAAUAUUGAAGAAUAGUAGAGCAAGCUAUCUAAGGGUUUGCAUACUACGGAGAGCAAUGGAUUGUAUCCCCGCUCCAACCCUUGUUCCCUGGUAUUUAUAUUCGUGAAUUCUCGCAUUUAAAAUAAUGUAUUUAUUUUACAUAGCGAUCGAUAAUAUAGUUUCGAUCAUAGUUCACGAAUAUAACGAAUAUAAAUACCAGGGAGCAAGGGUCGGAGCGAGGAUACAAUCCAUUGCUCUCCGUAGUGAGCACAACUUAAGAGACUAGUUAAUAUUCUGCUUGCGGGGUGCUAUUGUUCGAUGUGUGAAAUUACAUAAACAAGGGAUCAUUUUAUAAAACAGGAAGAUCCCUUGUUUAUGGGGUUAUACCAUACACAGAUAAAUACUUCGAACAAUAGCACACCACUGAGCUGAAUAUUAAUGAGUCUUUUAGAUAACUGGUACUCUUUAAAUGGUUGUUGGGUUACAUAACAUAAUAUUAUAUAUUAAUAAUUAAGCUGAUACACAGAAUGAGUGAUUGAAAACGGUCCAGCCUAGCUUAACACAGGCUUUGCAUUUAAUUUUUGAGAGGUAAUAUGUAUAUAUUGUUACAGUUCAAGUUGAUUAUCCAGUUGGAGUUGACUAUUCCUAGUUCGAGUCAACUCAAACGGCUGGUUUUAGUAAAAGUUGAUUAUAAAUAUAAAAUAAAUAUUUUUAUUCAACAUUUACUAGUAAAAGUAGACUCUAACUAGAAAAAGUAUACUUCCCAAGGCAAUUUAGUAAGAGUUGAUUCACACAAACAACCGAUUCUAGAAAUUAAAUGUUACUGGAUAUGGUCAAAUCGUGAUAAGUAGUUGAAACGGUCAAAACAAAGAGACGCACACUCAUCAAAAAAGCACGUGAGAUUAUACUCAUAUAAUCUACAUUUACUGAAUCGAUCCAGGCAUAGUCAACUCAAGCUAGUAAGAGUUGAUUCUAUUUUUCCCGCGAUCUACUUUUACUAACAAGGGUUAGGAAGAGUCUACUUCAACUAGUAAAAGUUGAAUUAAAUUUUUCAAAUCAACUUUUACUGCUCGUUUUAGUUGGGAGUUGACUCGAACUAGGAAUGGUCAACUCCAAAUGAGAAUCAAGUCAAAAUGAAUUAUUUUCUUUUGUUUGCUAUUUGGUAUAGUAUGGUCAAUAUACUAUAAGUUUAGUCCAAUCCUUUUCAUUUCUGUGGUUCAUGUUACAAGUUUACUUUACUUUAUUCUUACGCUUGCAAAAUAAGUUUAUUUUUUAUACUAAUAUUUAAAUAAAUAAAAUAUCUUUAAUUUCUUAAAAAGCUAUUUUCUAGUUCUUUUAAUCGGUAGUAUGACUAAAUCAAAAGGCAUUACGAAAUAAAAAAAAAAACAAGCAAAAAAAUUUCCAAAGUGAACAUUUUUACAUACUUAUUCAAAAAUAUUUUAUUACGGACCUAAAUGUAGUAAAUUAAAUGAAUUUGUCUAACUUUUGAACUCUAAUUCAUGAAUGUGGCGAUAUAUUUUAGUCGAUGUGUCCUACAAAAAAAAUGUGGGGCCAAGUCGGCAGAACUAGGUGGUCAUCUCAUCGUUUUGUUUGUGUAUGUAUAUAAUUUGAAAACAAGACAGUAUCCAAUAUAUUAAUGAUUACCAGCUUUUUGCAACCAUAACUAGAAAUGAUUUCUCGUGUAAUCGUGUUUGAAUGGAAUAGAGAUGGACUGUGGCAAUUUCGUGAUGACAGCUUUACAUAAUUACCGUGUAAGUAACAGUUACUAUAUAACUACUUAUAAAAAUAUAAAAUUUAGAUGUUUAACGAUCAAAUUAGUUAAAAAUUUAGAUUUAUUUAUUCAUUUACAUUAUUUAAUUCUGAGUAAUAGAAUAUUGAAUCUUGUAUAUCAGAAUUCAUUAUAAAUCUCAACGUUGUAGUUGAGAAUUUCAAUAAAUUUUGUAAGUGAAUGAAGAUACUAUCGUGUAGCUUAAUUAAGCAUAGAGCGUGCAGUAGAAAUAUUUAGUUUUCUAAAAGAAAUCAUGGCAUAAACUUAGCUAAACUUAAGGUUGUAAAAAAGUUAAAAGAAAGCAUAGAAUAAAUGUUUGUAUACGACGUUUUUCAAGAAGUAACAUCACUGAAUCCGUCAAUCACAGACAGCUUUUUGCCGUUGUAGGCUUCUCAGGUAGAUUACAAUUCAGUGGAUGUUCGAUCAAGCUGUCAUCGUAAGUUUGUAGACUUAAUAGAACUGUGCCUUGGCUCCUCACUGUUCAUUAACUGAAAGCAUGCCUGUCUAUAAAACACCUACUUCACAUUCGAAAGGGACCAGUUCAAUCACAAGUAUUAGUUUUUACGUAUAUUUUCAGGUCGAGUUUCAUUCAGAUUAUUGAGGAAAUAAUGUCACAUUACGCCUAAAAUUAUUUUUAUGUUAAAAAUUAAAUAGAGAUGCACCUCUAAAAAUUUAUAACAAGACAACUAUCUAAAUUACAAAUCAAAGUGACUAUUAAACAAUAAACAUAAUAUUCACUUUUGUCAGUCAUUCACUAUUCACUUAUAGUCAAACGCUAACAGAAUAAUUAUGUUUUUUUAAUGAGUUUCUUAAUAUAACAGAUGUAAUACAGUGAUGGGCGCGCUAAUAACCAGCAAAAUAACGGAAAAGAUGGAAAUAUAAUACAUUGUGAAAUAAAAAGGGAUGAAACUAGUAGAGGUGGAAAUUAUCGAUAUAAACGUAUAAAUUAACGUUACAUUACAUUACAUGUUUCUCACCUUUAGACGUAUGUGACAGGAGUAUUUUAUAAAAUUUUCCUGUCACAGUGAAAGGUGUCAUACUCCUCCGAUAUCAAUUUAUUUACAUUGGGCAUUGAAAAGAUCUUCCACAGACAAAUUUGUAAUUAUUCUGUUUGCCCUUUCUGAAAUAAUUAAAACAUUUGCCUCAUACUGCAUAGAAUAUUCACUGCACUUAGUUUAUUUCAGGUAUUCAAUUAGUUAAAUUGUGUCUGUAUUAUUGGCGUUAUUUGAAAAUCAUUAAAUAAUUAAAUAAUGUUAAAUAUAAUAAAUAAUUAAAUGAGUAUAGCAGACUACCCUGCUAUAAUCCCAAAGCCGGGGUAGCAGUAUAAAACGGGAGACUAUUAUUAUUAUUAUAUUGUAUUAAUAAUCUUGAAUGAAACUCUACAAAAAUUACCAUAACAAUUACUAAUUUAAUGUUUUUUUUUACUUAAAUCUCGCAAUUGUGAUAUAUAAACCCAUGUUUUCAUGGCCUGUUACAAGUGUAAGGGGAUUUGCAAUCAUUUUUGUUCUAAUUAGAAUUUCAGAUAAUAUUUAAGAGAUGUUUGUAUUAAAGCAGUUUCUGUAGGUUUUGAUCGAGAGCAGCGAAAAGUUUUAACAUUUUUUAAAAGUAUUGAUAGUCUAUUCCUACCAAGUAAAGGAACAAAAUUUUUUUCUGACUCGAUGACUUCAAUUCAAAUUAAAUUUAUUCUUUGUAUUACAUACACUGACUCUAUAGUCCCCUACCUGUAUUACAGUAGACUCCCUUUAUAACGAGAACUCAAAUGGCGGACUGAUUACCUCGUUAUAAGCGGAUCUCGUUAUAUCAGACAACAAUAAUAUUGUGCAUACCACCACCACUGAAAUGUUUUGAUGCCUCUUACGUAGUUUAUUAGGUGUCAUGGUUGACUUAACAAUGAAAUUUGGCCAUCGUAAAUUGUAAAUUUCCUACAAUAUUCAAUAUCGGUCGAUAGAUAAACAAGAAGGAAGAAGUUUAUUACCGGCGGGGGAAUUUAUUACAGCACUGGUCUCAAUAAGCACACAGAUGUUGGCAUUCCUGUAUACAGGCAGUUAUGGUAUUUAUUUAUGGCCAUCACCACUCCAAAAACAUAUUCUUCGAUUUCAUUUUUCCUCGUUUUAACCAAAAUAUAAAGGUGUUAUAGUUUAAUAGGAAUUUCAUGGGACAUCUAGUAUACCUCGUUAUAAGAGAAAUCUCGUAAUACCCGUGUUCGUUAUAGAGAGAGUAUACUAACUGUCUUUUGACCUGAAACUAAAUUUAAUUCUUUAAUUUUUUCGCAGAAUUUUUUAAAGUUAGGAGAAAAUACAACGUUUCAAUUCACCCCCGUAUAAUCCCAUGCAAACAAAAUUUUUUGUUACCGGAAUAAUAACAAACGGUAUCAAUACAUUUAUCUACAAACUGAUGCAAGAAUCUUGAAAAUCGGAGUACAAAUAAUAAAUUAUUGUCAAACUUAAUAAAAAAUUUUGGGUGGCGGAAUUUUGUGCCGGUGAGUGUAUAAUUCUUAUUAAUGCCACUUUAUAUAAACUUCCAAGACUUCGCCCCGCAUAAACUACAAGAAUAAAAAACCACUAAACGCCGUAAAAAUAAGUGGCGCAUACAAUAUUCCAGCUACAAAAGAUC